UCCAUGCCGCUCUGCGGCUGUGACUGUGUGUUGUUGUUGUCCCACGUGGGGCGGGCGCGCUGUGAUGACGUCAUGCGGGCGGCUCGGGGAGAGCUGGCUGCUGAGCCGGGUGCACACAGCGGCGUGAGGAGACGGAGAGAGCCGCCGGGAGCAGGGGACUACUGCCUAUACUCGCCACCGCCGCCGCCCGUACAGACCCGACAGUACCCAGCCCGGCGAUACUUAACCUACUUGUCUGAGAGCAGCGCCCUAUACACAGGCUGAGGGCGGCUAACCCUCCUCAUACAGUAUAGCGCUCCUGUCACACUGCCCUCACCCUGACACACCGCCCUAUACACUGACUGAGGGCAGCUCCCCUCAGUAUAGCGCUCAGACAUAGUGCCCUGUCAUCCCCCCUAUACCAGUUGUGUCCUCAUAGUGCCCUAUCAUAUACCCUAUCUACCACUCGUGUCCUCAUAGUGCCCUGUCAUCGCCCUCAUAUACCACUCGUGUCCUCAUAGUGCCCUGUCAUCGCCCUCAUAUACCACUCGUGUCCUCAUAGUGCCGUCAUCGCCCUCAUAUACCACUCGUGUCCUCAUAGUGCCCUGUCGUCUCCCUCAUAUACCACUCAUGCCCUGUCUGGUCCCCCAUAUACCACUCGUGUCCUCAUAGUGCCCUGUCAUCUCCCCCAUAUACCACUCGUGUCCUCAUAGUGCCCUGUCAUCUCCCCCAUAUACCACUCGCGUCCUCAUAGUGCCCUGUCAUCUCCCCCAUAUACCACUCGUGUCCUCAUAGUGCCCUGUCAUCUCCCCCAUAUACCACUCGUGUCCUCAUAGUGCCCUGUCAUCUCCCCCAUAUACCACUCGUGUCCUUAUAGUGCCCUGUUCAGGCCCCCAUAUACCACUCGUGUCUUCAUAGUGCCCUGUCCAGGCCCCCAUAUACCACUCGUGUCUUCAUAGUGUCCUGUCAUCUCCCCCAUAUACCACUCGUGUCCUCAUAGUGCCCUGUCAUCUCCCCCAUAUACCACUCGUGUCCUUAUAGUGCCCUGUUCAGGCCCCCAUAUACCACUCGUGUCUUCAUAGUGCCCUGUCCAGGCCCCCACAUACCACUCGUGUCUUCAUAGUGUCCUGUCUGGUCCCCCAUAUACCACUCGUGUCCUCAUAGUGCCCUGUCAUCUCCCCCAUAUACCACUCGUGUCCUCAUAGUGCCCUGUCAUCUCCCCCAUAUACCACUCGUGUCCUUAUAGUGCCCUGUCCAGGUCCCCAUAUACCACUCGUGUCUUCAUAGUGCCCUGUCUGGUCCCCCAUAUACCACUCGUGUCCUCAUAGUGCCCUGUCAUCUCCCCCAUAUACCACUCGUGUCCUCAUAGUGCCCUGUCAUCUCCCCCAUAUACCACUCGUGUCCUUAUAGUGCCCUGUCCAGGCCCCCAUAUACCACUCGUGUCCUUAUAUUGCCCUGUCUGGUCCCCCAUAUACCACUUGUGACCUCAUAGUGCCCUGUCUUCUCCCCCAUAUACCACUCGUAUCCUCAUAGUGCCCCCUCAUCACCUCCCUUUACAGCCCAUACUGUAUUGCACUCUCAUUACCUCCAUAUAAUUACUACCCAUGACCUUUAUAUACCUUGCAUAGCCACCUCACCCCAUUGAAAGCCUCUAUAUACAGCCCAUCCAAUAGUCUCUGUGCUGUGGGUAACCACGUUUCCCCAUUUGAGAUCUCUCUAUACAGCUCAGUGCUGCAGCCCAUGCAUAAGGGUUAUACACAGAGCAUAGUCACCCAGCUGCUGUAUACAACACAUCACUAUAUACUGCAAAGCCCUGACCCCCAACUUGCCUACUCCUGCAUAGAGUAGCGGUCACCCCCUCUUGCACUUCCCCUUUUGCCCAAAAAUGUCAGACUCAAACACCAUGAGCGUGGUGUCGGACCCCCAGCACGCGGCUAAGCUCCUCCGGGCUCUGGGCUGCUUCCGGGAAGAAUCUGACUUCUGUGAUGCCAUUCUGGUUCUAGAGGAGCAAGAGAUCCCAGUACAGAAGAAUAUUUUGGCAGCUGCGAGUCCUUAUAUAAGAGCAAAACUGAACUAUAAUCGCCCCAAAUAUGAUGGUUCCAUCUACCGGAUUGAAAUGGAAGGAAUUUCGGUGUCGGUUAUGAAAGAAAUACUGGACUACAUUUUCAGCGGACAGAUCAGGUUGAGUGAAGAGACCAUCCAGGAUGUGGUACAAGCUGCCGAUCUCUUGCUCCUCACUGACCUAAAGACCUUGUGCUGUGAGUUUCUGGAGGGCUGCAUCACGGCUGAAAACUGCAUUGGCAUCCGAGACUUUGCCCUACAUUACUGUCUAAACCACGUGUAUUACCUAGCCACAGAAUACCUGGAGACCCACUUCAGGGAUGUCAGCAGUACUGAGGAGUUCUUAGAACUUGGCCACGUCAAGCUGAAGGAGGUCCUCUCCUUGGAGAAGUUAAAUGUGGGCAAUGAAAAGUAUGUGUUUGAAGCCGUGCUUCGAUGGAUUUCCCAUGAUGCCGAAGUGAGGAAGGUUCACAUGAAGGAUGUGACCUCAGCCUUAUGGGUGACCGGACUGGAUCCUGGCUACCUGCGAGAACAAAUGCUGAAUGAGCCAUUGGUGCGGGAGAUGGUCAGAGAGUGCAACAACAUUCCCCUGAGCCAGCCGCAGCAAGGCGAAGCCGUCCUGGCCUCCUUUAAACCCAGGGGUUACUCAGAAUGCAUUGUGACAGCCGGCGGAGAGGAACGAGCGUCUCGGAAGCCAUUGCCCAAUGUGCGUUGUAUGUGCCCGCUUUAUGAUCGAAACAGACAGUUAUGGAUUGAACUGGCGCCACUCAGCACGCCGCGAAUCAACCAUGGGGUCUUGUCUGCAGAGGGGUUCCUGUUUGUACUCGGGGGUCAGAAUGAAAAUAGUGAGACUCUGAGCUCCUGUGAGCAGUAUGAUCCUGAUGCCAACGCGUGGAGCCCUUUACCACCUAUGCUCGAGGCAAGGCACAGCUUUGGUGUGGUGGAAAUUGAUGGUGUUAUCUAUAUCCUGGGAGGAGAAGACGGCGACAGCGAGUUGAUGUCUAUGGAAUCCUAUGACACUUGUACGAAAACCUGGAGCAAGCAACAGGACAUGACUAUGGUUCGAAAGAUCGGCUGCUAUGCAGCAAUGAAGAAGAAAAUCUAUGCAAUGGGAGGAGGCUCGUACGGAAAACUCUUUGAGUCUGUUGAGUCUUAUGACCCCAAAACUCAGCAGUGGACAGCAAUCUGCCCCUUGAAAGAGAGGAGGUUUGGUGCUGUUGCAUGUGGUGUCGGUAUGGAGCUGUAUGUCUUUGGUGGAGUUAGAAGUCGGGAAAACGAACAGAACAACGAAAUGGUAGCCUGUAAAUCGGAGUUCUACCAUGAUGACUUUAAAAGGUGGAUCUACCUAAACGAUCAGAAUUUGUGCAUCCCAACAAGUUCUUCCUUUGUGUAUGGAGCCGUGCCCAUCGGGGCAAGUAUAUAUGUGAUCGGUGACCUUGACACAGGUACAAAUUACGACUAUGUGAGAGAGUUUAAGAGGAGCACCGGAACCUGGCAUCACACCAAACCCUUAUUACCAUCUGAUCUCCGACGCACAGGAUGCGCAGCAUUGCGGAUUGCAAACUGUCGCCUCUUCCGACUGCAGCUGCAGCAAGGACUUUUCCGCAUCCGAGUCUCACCCUCAUGAGCGGCUGGGGGGGGAGUCUGAAGGAAGACACCUAGAAACCAGUCGCUUCAUUUUGGGGGUUGGGGGUACAAUUGAUGAGCGUAAAAAAAAAAGGAAUUUAUCACGUUGCGGCCUUCGUGUAGAUGGUAUGUAGAAUUGGAGUAUUCCUUGUAAUGUUGCAUUCUCCAUUCAAAGAGAUAGCAAGUUAUAAUACAGAAACUAUAGAGAGACUAUAAUUACCAGGGUGUUGGGAUCAUAUGUGUAAAUAUAUCACAUUGCUUUAUGCUUCCAGGGAUGUUGUAAUUAAUAUUCAAGCAUGAGGCAAUGUUUAACAUAUCUAGCUUUAAUAUACAAAAAACUGAGACAGAAGUAUUUUGACUGUGACAAAAAAAAAAGACAAUCUAGCGUUAAUUAUUUGUUACCAACAUUUGGCUGCCUUAAAAAAAAUACAUAUUUUGUCUUAAACAUGCUUAACAUUCCUAUGCUGGGUUCUGACAUAAUAGUGGUAGGUAUUUUAUUUUUCUCUCCAUUUUAUUAUGUUUUAUUACAUUUGUUACCUCAGAAAAUUUGAAUUCCAUAUGUAGUUGUCUCCUUGGUCUGAGUCUUCGGUGUGUUCUCCUCAGUGAUUUUUGUAACUUGAAAUGAGGAUUCAAACACUACUUUUAAGUUCCUUUUUAAAAAACAAAGCAAAAAAAGUUUACAUGCUUUCAAGUAUUUUUAGAGUGUUCAGCAAGAUAAAAAAAAAUAUAUAUGAA